GUGUGUGUGUGUGUGUGAGAGAGAGACUGACUUCCGGCAGAAAGUAAUCCACGGUCUUUUCAAUGAGGAAGUUAGCUCCUCUUACCCAGUUAAAACCAUAAGAUGAAAUAGGCUUUUAUCUUUAUGUAAACGUACUAUAUAAGCUGCAGAGAGGGAUCAGCGAGCUAUGGCCUACCGUCUGUUUGAAGGCAAACAGCAUGCUUCUUCCUACUGGAAGCACAGGAUCUCACCAUCAGAUGAGCUGAUAAGACAGGUGCUUGAUUUUCUGGAAAAACGGAAAGGACAUCCCUUCCAGCUGGCAGUGGAUGUUGGUUGCGGCUCAGGACAGGGCACGGUGCUGCUGGCCAAACACUUUGCCUCGGUGGUGGGGACAGACGUUAGUCCUGCCCAGGUGGAAGUGGCUUUAGAGCAUGCUAAAGAGCCAAACAUCACGUAUAGACAGUGUGUGGCCGAGGAGCUGCCAUUGGCUGACAGCUCGGUGGACUUGAUUACAGCCAUGUCUGCCUUCCACUGGUUCGACCGACCACGUUUUCUCCAUGAGGCCCACAGGGUCCUGAAGCCCAAUGGCUGCUUGGCUCUGCUCAACUACACCAUUAACAUGGAGCUCAGCUACCCGGACUGCUGCUCACAUACACUCAACCAAGUCUGCAAAGAGUUUUAUGCAGCCUUGGAGCCUUACCGCAGUCCCCACCUUGGUACCAGCUCUAUGGAGUUAUACCGGGAGGCCUAUGAAUCCAUCCCUUACCCUGACAAGGACUGGCAAGAGUGUGUGUGGGUAAAAAGACCCAUGCCACUGUCCAGCUACAUGGGGUUGGUGGAGACUUUCUCGAGCUAUCAGGCUCUGCUGAGAGAGGACCCGCAGAAAGCCACCACGCUCUCCCAGGACAUCUGUCAAAGGUUGAUGUCCGUAAUGAGGGUGACCUCAGUGGAGACAGAGGUAGUGGUGGCUGUGAAGUAUUAUUACCUUCUGGCCUGCAAACCCCAGGAAGCCUGACUGCUGCCAGCACGGGAACUUGUGCCAGCCCCCCCCCCCCCCCCCCCCCCCCCCCCCCCCCCCACCCCACCCCUGGCCUUUUGUCAACUUUAAUGUCUGAAGGUUUUCUUUUGGACAUUUAAAAACACUAGAAUGCUAGUGUGUAGUGUGCUAGUUGUUACUUACAUAAGCUAUGUAUAUACUGUAUGCUUGAAGGUCCCAUGUGAUGGUGUUCUUUGGAUGCUUUUAUAUAGACCUUAGUGGUCCUCUAAUACCAUAUCUGAAGUUUCUUUUCCAAAAUUCAGCUUUGGUGCAGAAUCACAGCCACUAGAGCUAGUCCCACAAUAAGCCUUCCUUAGGACGUGCCAUUUCUGCGGGCUGGGGGUGUGGCCUUGACCAACUGCCACUUUGCUCGUUUGAAAGCCAUGAUGUCUCUCUCUCAUGGGUGGGCCAAAUCCUCAACCCCUAAAAGAGGAGGUAACAUUGCCCCUUAUGACCUCAUAAGGAGCGAGAUUCCAGAUCGGCCCAUCUGAGCUUUCAUUUUCUCAAAGGCUGAGCAGGAUACCCAAGGCUCGGUUUACACCUAUCGCCAUUUCUAGCCACUGGGGGGCCAUAGGCAAGCUGGGGGAACGGAUAUUAAUAAACUCAUAAAGUGACAUUUUCAUGCCAUGGGACCUUUAAAUUCUGUUUUGCAUACAAAUGUCGCAUAGUUAAAAGGAAUAGUUUGACAUUGUGGGAAAUACUCAUACUCAAAUGAGAAGAGUGAUGCCUCUCUCAUAGACAUGAGAGUGUAUUGAUCUUCCGAAAUAAUUUUAAGCAAAAAAGCUUUCUGAGAAUAUCAAACUAUUGCUUUAAAGUCAAACUAAGGAAAGAGCUGAUCAGCUGUUUCUUUAACAAAAACAUCCUCAAAUGUACACUUACUCUUCAGUUAUUCCGGGCGGCAGUCGCUCACUCUUGGGAUGGGCUUCGGGAUCUCGCCAUGUAAUGCAUAUCUAUUGGACCUUUCAGUAUUUGUGUGUAUUUCGGGUCUGUGUGUCUAAUGUGUGUAAUAACAGAGUG